UUAGUGAAGUGAUUGUGGCGCCUAGGGACUGAAAGCACUAUUCCACUCCAGUCAGGUAUUAUACACUGAGAAAUGUCUACAUUAGUUCUCUAUAGCUCUCUGCAAAGUGAGUCACUGCAGACAAGAGACGAGAUCCCCUGCCAUGGAAAAGCUCUCGCUAGAAGAUUGUAGUCGAAGCCUGGCGUGAUCUCAGGACUUAUUGCACGUUUGUGCUCUGGCACUAGAAAUUCAUGAUGAAAUAUAACUUCGUUGAGUUUCUCAUCAACAAAGAACCAUUACCUGUGGCUGUAAGUGACAAAAGAGCAACACUUUGUGACAAGGUAAUGCCAGUUUUUAUAAACUGUCCGUUUUAUGAUGUAAAUUAUUAAAAAAUGUUAAAGACAGUUUUCUUGGGAAUACCGAUUGGUACUAGUGUAAUGCUAAGUUAGGGUAAAGUAAUAUAACAGGCAGACUAGAAAAAAUUACAAAGUAUUACAGUGAUUAAUAAGGGAGCCUUCAGUGCAAAAAAACGGGUAUCAGUGGAUUUGCCUGGGACAGGGUGGUGAAAGACAAUUGUAGAUAUAUAAACAGACAAGGAAUAUAAAUGUUGAAUCUGCUCUUGUAUUGUAAAGAUUAAUCGACUCAUCUAAAUAUCAAUCCUGCUGUGUUGUGGGUGACACUGCUGGGCUGACGUCUGCAGUAGUAUCAAAAGAAAAAGACAAGACAUGCAGUUUGAGAAACUGUACGAUUGUGCUACAGCUUCUCAAAACAGUUCUCCAGCUCUAUCAGCUAAUUACAGUGCUUUGCACAGAGCCCCUCUUGAGAUAAGUGCAGCUGUUUUCCUCCCCAGCACCAGUGCGUAAUAUUCCAGGGUUUAUGUAAGCAAAAGACAGGGCAAAUCUUUUAAGGAAGAUCAUUUUUAUACAUUCGCGGAUUUUUUCAAUUAUUUUUUCACAAAAUCCUCUAUAAGGUUAUACAUUGUGUUAUCUGUAAUGAUGAAUCACUAAAAGUACCAUUGUGUUCUGGAAACGCUGAGUAACUGGAAAGAAUAAGUAAGAGUUUCAUUGUAGCAUAAGCCCCAAUGGCUAGUUUAUUAUUAUUCAUAGAAAGAAGCUGAUAUUAGCAUCGCAGGUGAGAAAAGAAUAAACACACUCUCUCAAGAAAUCAAUACGGAAUUCAAAAACAAGUAUUAAUGUCAUUUGACUCCUGUUCUUUAAGCAUUUCUCCCGGCUACAGACACUAAACUGUCUGAAUAAUUUGCAUUUACUGUAUCUAUCUGUUUUGGGGGAACUAUUUAAGAUGCCGUAGGACACCGCUUGUUAUAGUCUAACCCAAUCCUACAACUAGUAUUUUCAUCUGUAAAUUAAAGUAAUUACGCAGCAGAUAUUGUAUUAUGUGUACUGUGGUCUCCAGAUAGUCAUCAAUCACCCUCAAUCGAGCUGUCAGAGAGGGCAGAUUCGUUUCUGGGAGGCAGUCUUCCAGCUGGGGAGAAGAAGAGAACAUCAUCAUUAAUUAGAGUGUGACCCUGGGGCUAUUCACAUGUCUGAACCCAGGAAUCUCUCCGAGCAAGUCUGCACACCAUGGAGCAGCACGCCACUGCACCAUCAGCCACGGCUCCAGCGCAACGAGCUGUUCUCUAGUUCCUCCAAAAGGCUCACGGAUGCCUGGCUAACUUGCUGCCACGUUACACUAGCAGCUUGUUGUUCUCUGGAGCCUUAGUUUUAGCAAUUUACUCCCUAUAAAUUAUUGACAAUUACUACAGCCACGGCAGAGGUCACUUCCUUAGAGAGGAAAGCCUAUGGUGACGACAGGGUGACUCCCAAUGCUGCUUUGCAAUGCCGUUAUACCCCACAAAAAGGAGGGAACUGGUAGCCUGGGUAAAUCGAGGAGUUUGUACAGAUCAUGGGGAUUCGGUAUUCUUUGAAAGGAGAUUACUUCCCCCUGUUUAUUUACCAUGACAGGAGUAUGUCAAAAGUAAACAAGUCUCUUCUGCAUGGGCUUCCAACAAUAAAGUUUCACAAACCGGAUUAUUAGAACUGUAGGGCAGUGUCAGAAACUGCAGCUCUGCACAGAGCCGGUAAAAUGGUUCUGCCUUUCGCCUUUCUGUUCUGACCAGCUCCUGCAGUCCAGGUACCCGGAGUCCGGGGCUGAAGGCGCCCCAGUUCCCACCGAAAUCAGAGAGAGUUGGGGAUGGUCAGCCCCUCAUGGAAUUGGGCCUUUAAUCCCUACUCAAGCAACACGCCAACUAAAUCAAACGGGAGUAUAAUCUCAGGAGCGAAACUGCGGGAUUUGGCUCCAUAGGGCGAUUUAAAAUACUUCUCAUGUAUAAACAGACUCUUUCUGCUCCAGAUCCAUAGUGGGGGAGCUACUGAGAUGAACGAAAUACAGUCUCAAAGCGCUUCAAAAUAAUGACGGGACUGAUCCUGAUGCCAUUGAAAUCAAUGGGAGUUUUACCAUUGGCUUCAGAGGGGAUAGGAAUAGGCCCUUGAUUUGUAAAAUUGUUUGACCUGCCAUGCUCACACAAACAAUAACGUUUAAGUUAUAUCCUCUAGGUCACCCGCCUCUGACGGGAGAAUGCUACGCUUCAAACAGAGUCCAAGACACUGAAGAAAGCUAUUUUAGUAACUAAUCUCAAAGGGCAGAGUUGAGGUGAUAUCAGGAGUGCUAUGAGUGUGAGUUUUCCCAGAAUAUCGGGUAAAAAGCUACUGACUACAAUUUUUAAAUAAUUUUUGUAACCUAUAGCGACAAACGGUUCUUUGAUAAAUUCGCCAUCCAACAACAUAAACUAGCAUUGUCCGAAUUCGAUCCUGCAUUCUCUCAGCACCUUACUGCCCCAUUCACUUCAAUGCAUGAAUAAAGCAGGAUCGGGCCCUAAAGAAGGUAAAAAGUUGACUUUUCUAAAAAAAAUUACAAAUAUUAAUACUGUGGUCAAACUCUUUUCGAGGUGAACACCCAUGUCUUCUGUCAUUGUCUGGAAUGUAUAUUUAUAGUGUUUUUAAAUUUAAUCACACAUCUGGACUAAAAGAUGCAAAGAAAACAAAACUGCAUGCCAUGUGGUUUAUUGUCAGUGUUACUGCUAAUUUUAACUGUUGAUUAAAUCUUAAAUGAAGACUCACUCGUGUGUCUCUUCAUACGUCUCGUUUGUAAUUGAGACUAAUUAUUGUGGUGGGGUGGGAAGAAGCAGCUGCUCAUUAAUUAAUUUCUAAUUAAAAGGGUUUGCCAUCCUUCAGUGAGGAAGGGGAAGAAUCUUAGUUGGUGUAAUAUUGAUUCUUGAGAUCAAAACCAUUCAUAGUCGUCCUACAGAACCAUAUUAAAAUGCUAUAAACUCAAGUAUCUGAUGUUUGAGUGCUCUCCAAACUCUGCUUUGUAUGUUCUUAACACAAACUCAAACCUACAAAAAAAUGAAUGUUAAACUUGCAGACUGGUCAAAUUGAGUCAGAGUCUCUGCUGCUUAUAAAACGUGUAUCUGAGUUAACCUGUUUGAACUACUUUUCUUUUCUUUCUUUUUUUUCGUGUGUGCAAAAUAUUUAUUUCUGUCGCGACGUUUGUCAAUCUCUGAGUCCAUUUGUAGAAAUUACUUCUAGUUUGCAGCUGUAGAAAAGAUGCUACUUUCAUCAUACAUGUUUUUCAGUUAAAAAAAGUUUAAGAUUCAUGUAGGUAAAUUAAAUAUGGUAUUCUGCUUCGUCCUAUAAGCAUCUAGGAACCUGUGGUUACCAAUCAAUUGGUACAACAGAGCAGAGCAAGGCUGCAAUAGCGUGCAGAUCAGACGUCUCUCCUUGUUUCUAGAUAACCGGGAUCCUCUGUACCAUGUCAUAUCCUCAGUUUGGAUACCCUUACUCUUCUGCACCCCAGUUCCUGAUGACCACCAAUUCCCUGACAACUUGCUGUGAGUCUAGUGGCAGGACUCUGACAGAUUCAGGCGCUGCAGCCCCGGCUCAGACCCCAGUCUAUUGUCCUGUAUACGAAAGCAGGCUGUUAGCCACAGCCAGACAUGAGCUCAAUUCUGCAGCUGCCUUAGGAGUCUAUGGAAAUCCUUACACAAGUACCCAGGGCUAUGGAAACUAUGUUACCUAUGGUACUGAAGCUUCUGCCUUCUAUUCUUUGAACAGUUUCGACGCGAAGGAUGGGACUGGAUCUGCGCAUGCGGGCAUUACCCAGGCGGCUGCCUACUAUCCCUACGAUCACACACUCAGUCAGUAUCAAUAUGACAGAUAUGGCACCAUGGACGGAGGCACCCGAAGAAAAAACGCUACUCGUGAAACCACCAGUACGCUGAAGGCCUGGCUGCAGGAGCACAGGAAGAACCCCUACCCCACCAAGGGCGAGAAGAUCAUGCUGGCCAUCAUCACCAAGAUGACCCUCACCCAGGUCUCCACCUGGUUCGCCAAUGCCAGGAGGAGGCUGAAGAAGGAGAACAAGAUGACCUGGCCUCCAAGGAACAAGUGUUCCGAUGAGAAGAGAUCCUACGAAGAGGAAGAGGAGGAAGAGUCACAGGAAGACAAUAUGAAGAACGAGAAAAACGAUGAGGCCACCAGCAAAGAAGAAAAAGAGCUGGAACUGAGUGAUUUGGAUGACUUUGACCCCAUUGAGUCGGAGAGCUCAGAAUGCGAAUUGAAACAGCCCUUCCAGCACCUGGAGAGCAACCAGAUAAGGGCAGCCGACACAUGUGCUACUAAUCAUUGCAAGGAGCCUUCUCUAAAGACGCCGAUCCCGGCGGCCACCAUUGAAGAAGACCUGGAGAGGGCUAAAAACUGUCUCAAGAAUGUGGUGGACGAAUGUGAGCAAGACUUAACCAAUGUAAGACAGAGAAGCUGUGAGUCCAAAAUGUGCUUUCAGCAGGGGCAACAAAUAUUGGAGACAAAACCCAGGAUUUGGUCCUUGGCUCACACUGCCACUUCUCUAAACCAAACUGAGUAUCCUUCCUGCAUGCUGAAACGCCAAGGAGUCUCCUCCUCCGUUGCAGUUUCUGCUCCUGUUAGUGUCAUUGACAGACAUCAGGAUUCCCCAGUCACCAAUCUCAGGAACUGGGUGGAUGGGGUGUUUCAUGACCCCAUAUUCAGACACAGUACUUUGAACCAAGCUUUGAGCAACACAACAGUUUCCUGGGCUACCACCAAAGGGGCUAUUCUGGAAACGGGAUCUUUAGGACGCUCAAUUGGGAACAGUACUAACGUGCUCAAAGGCCAACUGUCAAACUUAUCCCACCAGGACUCAAAUAAAGAAUUUCUUGCAUUUCCCAAAUCAGGAAGCAAAAUGUUUUGUUCUUAACAACAUCCCAAGUGGCAAAGAACUUUCUAAAACCUGAAGAGUGGGAUACACUGAAAAGAGAUUUGGAAGAAUUUAAAUUUAAAUAUAAUUUUUUUAAAAAUAACAAAGAUAACGAUUUAACGUUCAGUUUGCUUAAUUAAACGGGCAGACUUUACUCAUUGCUGUUUUGAAGAAUUUCUGUUGGCGGCGACUUUAAGGGAUCAAUGUCGUAAAAAAUAAUUUAACUCCAUGUCUAAAAGCACGUACUAUAGUGUAGGCGUACUUAAAAGUUUACAUCCAAAAGUUUACAAACGAGAAAUUUAAAUUCAGAUAUUUAAUUUAAGGCAUGCCAAUAUUAGUUAUAAAGACUUUUCAGAUUUUUUCCUUCUGAUUUCAUUGUUAUGAUAUAAUUCACAAACGGCACUUAUACCAAGUUUACACUAUUGCACAAAUUUACCUUGACAAACAUGUUUAAAAAGUAUGUUCACUCCAAUAAAUUGUCUGUUUCAGAAGU